AUGCGCAGGCGCACCAGCACCGGAGCGGGUGGGCGGAGCCAAGGGCCGGAAGUGCCCCUCAAUGCGGGCCUUCCCGGGAAACCCGCCUUCCGGAAGUUCCUGGAGGACCCGUGUAAAGGCGCAACCUCGGGUUGCUGGGCAACCAGAGCGAGCGCCGCUGACUGCCUCAGCGAUCUCUGGGGCAAGUCGAGUGUAGCUCCCACCUGUUGGGCUGGCAGCCUUCCGUCCCGCCCGCCUCUCCGCGAGCCGCCUCUCCUCGCGUCGCGGAAUCCCUGCCCUUGGCACUACUUACACUUUCCCGGCCCCCACGAGUCCUUAGCGCCCUCCUGCUUCAAAGCCAAGCUCCACCGAAGGCGAGGCAGUUCGACCCCGGACAUGGCCUCCACGUUGGACCGCAGCCCUGGCGCGGGCACCGGGCACCGCACCUACACCUACACCAGCAGGCCCCGGGCGGUGCCCUGCCAGCGCCGCCGUUACCGGGACAUCCUGUUGCAGCCAGAAGACGAGCCUUUGCAUUAUGGGAACAUCAUGUACGACAGAAGGGUGGUCCGAGGCAACACAUAUGCACUACCCAUAGGGCAGCUGCCUGGGCAGCCGGAUCCAUUAGAACUUCAGAGACAGCAGCAGGCUAAGAGGAGAGCUCUCGCCAGAAAACGAGCCCAACAGCAGCUCCGACCACGGACACCAGAGCCCGUGGAGGGCAGAAAGCAUGUGGAUGUGCAGACAGAAUUAUACCUUGAAGAAAUUGCUGACCGUGUAAUAGAAGUUGAUAUGGAAUGCCAGACAGAUGCAUUUUUGGACAGACCACCAACACCACUUUUUAUUCCUGCCAAAACUGGCAAAGAUGUGGCUACCCAAAUACUAGAAGGAGAGCUCUUUGACUUUGAUCUUGAAGUUAAACCAAUGUUAGAAGUCUUGGUGGGGAAAACAAUUGAGCAGUCCCUUCUGGAAGUGAUGGAAGAAGAAGAGUUGGCCACCCUACGGUCCAAUCAAUAUGCAUAUGAGGAAAUCCGGAACAUUGAGCUGGCUGAAGUUCAGCGACUGGAAGAACAAGAGAGACGACACAGAGAAGAAAAGGAACGCCGUAAGCAGCAGCAAUGGGACAUAGUGCACAAGCACAAUGAGACGGCCCUGAAGAUCUCCGCCCGGGCAUUUGCACAGCGUUACCUGGCAGACCUUCUCCCGUCCGUUUUUGACAGUCUCAGAGACAGUGGCUACUUUUAUGACCCUAUUGAAAGAGAUAUUGAGGUAGGAUUUCUUCCAUGGCUGAUGAAUGAAGUUGAAAAAACCAUGGAAUUCAACAUGGUGGGAAGAACAGUGCUUGACAUGUUGAUUCGUGAAGUGGUUGAAAAGAGGCUGAAUGCUUAUGAGCAUAAGGAGGACCAAGACCUGUCUCUGAUACCAGAGGAUGGGUUUGGAGGUCCUGGAGCAAUGAGAGAUUCCCCAGUGGGCUUUGAGUCCUUCGAGCCAAGUGCAUCACUGAACCAGAGACCAAUUUUAGACAGAGACUACGCACAAAGAGUGCCAGUACCCCAAGAAAGGAAGUUCCCGGAAGAAGGCGAGCUCUCGGGGCAGGAUGAACAAGGAGAAAUCAGGGAGUCCUUAGGGAAGGAAGGACCAGGGGAGGCUUGGGAGCCAUGA